AUGGCAGAGCAACUCGCUCAACUAGCGUGCGAGGUGGAACGCCUAGUCACCGCACCUUACGUACCUUCAUUACAGGACCUUCAUGAUCUGGUACAACAAAGCACAUCCUCGACAAUAGCUGCCUGGGCAUUGUGCAAGCCCUGCCAAGUUGGCUUGCUGGCUGAGGUUUUGACCGAAGCCUUAUCGCGAUCAUGCGUCGCUCUAUCUCUGAUCACCACAUUUGCAUCGACAUCAUCCUUUAGAGAUGCGCUGCUCGAGCGACAUCCGGUGAUUUUGGAUACCAUUUUAGAAAAGGCCGUCGAUGCUAAUGGGGCCGAGUACCUACCGGUAUGUAUCGCGUUGUUCUCAUCGCCCUUGCCAGCGGGUGUUGUGCCGCCAGCUAGGAUGGCCUCCUUCAUCACGAAGCUGGUCAGCCUGAUGGCAGAGAAUCCCUGCGUUGAGACCGUAAUGCCUCUACACACACUCAUCUCAGGUUUGAAAGGCUCGCCUAGGAUUUUGAAUGACAUUCCGUCCGAGGUCAUGUCCAAUCUACAGCUGGUGUUCACCAAGACGCUGCGCAACCUCGACGAUCAUAUGGGCAACCUCUUGUGCCUGGCCACCUUUGCGCAGAUUGCGACGGCGCUAGGUACAACAUCUCGAAAUCAACACGGAUCAGAAACGCCAUGGCUUCUUAACAUUAAGCAUUUCUUUGGCCAGAAACGAGGUCUCAAAACACUCGACCUGGUCGUCUUGCGUGUGAUACUAGCUUGUUCAUCCAGUUGUAAUCUGGCUCCGCCUGAGGCAGCUGAGAGCAUUCAACUGGCGAUUUGUAUCGCCGAUGCAAUCGAACCUGAGCAGAAACAGGCUUGGACAGCAGGUAAUCAUCCGAAGAUUGCUAAACUGUGCGAGAAGGCUGCCAGAUAUGGCCUUUACGGUCAAACACAAACGAUGGCAAUCGUCUUUUUACACACCCUUCUACCGGCACAGUCGUUGCCAUCCCAGCUACGCGAACUUGGCAUCAAGGUCCUUCUGUCCAAGAACGGCCAAGAGACGAUGGAAAAUAUACCCCAUCAACUGAUUCCACGCCUCGCAAAGAGUUUGGCAGAAUCAGGGGAACCUGCCACUCGCCAAAUUCUGACCUUUACGUUCAAUAUCCUGAGAGGUAGUCAAUGGUCUGGCAUUGGAGAGAUGGCAGGACUACACCUGGCACGCUUAUUAUUGGCUGGUGUGCAAGACGUACAUUCCGAAAUUAUGUUUUCUAGUGUGACCAACUCCAUGGCCCCUUUGAGGGAAGUUCUUGGGGAAAUGGUUGAGCACUUUCCCCGACAAUCUAGUGAAAGCCAAUGCAGUGGUCAAGCAUGGUGUGCAUCUGAGCGAUACACAACGCAAAACAGGCUGUUCUUAUCUCUACUAGGACUUUACAACAGGGCUUCGACGCAAAACGGAAGUGACAUUACCAUGAAAUCCUUCUUGCGACGUGUGGAACAAUCAAUGACGAGCCUCGACUGUGCCUUCUCCACAGCCACCACCAAGGCCUUCCGUGGCUCCCUUACCUUGCGUGACAAACACAAUCUCUCGUCAACUCCGAUAACCCGCAAUUGGCGAUCUGGAGUUACCGAACUCUUCAUGCAGAAUGCCCAGAUCUCUCACGAUAGUAUGAUUAAAAAGAUCGAGGACGCAUGCUUUGACCUAGAGCGUCGCUGUCACGAUGUUGAAGGGCCCCUGCGAGCUGCCGAAGAAGAGCGGGACGUAUUUGCGCGCGAAAACGAGCAAUUGAAAAGACAAAACGAAGAGUUGAAUAACCAGUUGAAAGCCAAAAGUGCAGACAUUGAAACGAAGUUACGGAACUCACACGAACAGGUUGUGGGACUUGGACAUGAGAACACACGCCUUGAACAACUCCUUCACGUCCAAUGUGCAUAUACCGACGAGCUGACCAUGUCACUCGAAUCUGUACGCGCGGAGCUUCAACAGCAGCGACAAGCUUCCGAGAACGCACUGCUGGUCGAAAAAGAAAUGGCCCGCUCUAAGGAGCUGGAGAUGAUGGUUACUUUGACUGGAAAGGAUGAUCAACUGGAAGAGCUUCAGGAGGCGAUAUGCAGCUUACAAAUGAAGAAUGAGCAGGCACGCCAGAGUCUUGAUCAAGUCACAAGUGAAAAGGCUGAAUUGUCUGAACUCUCCAGCUCUCUGGAACAAGACCUUGCUAGUGCUACAGAGGCAAUAAAGCAAACUAGGCUUCUUGUGGGUGAGAAAGAAGAUGAAGUGGGCCGUCUCUUGGCCCAGGAGGAAGAAUUGCGAAAGGAACUGGGGUCUGUGGAAGCAACGGUUUUGCAACAGAGCAUUGAAGUAGAGAGGCUCUAUACGACACUGGAAGAAUCUGAGGAGAAGUUGCGGAGUGAGAUUGAAAAACUGAAACAGGACCAUGAAGCCGACACUUCUCGGACCACAUCUGAGAUCGCGAAACACGGGACAGAAAAUCGGCGAUUGCAUGCUGCUAUGCAAGCUGCCGCUCUUGAUGCCUCUAGAGAUGCCCAAUCGAAAGACAAAAGGAUCCAACACCUGGAGAGAAAGGUGCAAGCUUUACAGGACGAACGUGCCGCCAAGGCCCGUGAGUUUUCUGAGGCACAACAACACAUCGGUCGUUUAAUGGGCGUGAUGGGCUUUUCUGCCCAUGCCCCUGAGUCAAACGCCCCUUCGAAACACCAACGAACCAGGUCCUCUGUAAACGCCACUCCAGCUGCAAGGAUUUGUCAAUUUAGAAGUGACGAUGAAGAUGGCACACAGCUGGCAGAGUCCUUUGAGUCCAUGACCUCCAACUUCGAUAGACCUACUCCCAAACGACCAAGAGGGAAUCGCAAAUCAACAAACCGGCCUGAUGCUUUGAGCACUCCCUCCAUUUCAGGCCCCAGGGCGAACACCCUGCCGCCGGCCGGCAGCAUGUCUCGCUCGGCGAGAAAGCCACUGGCAGAUGCUGACCACAAUGGCCCAACGAAAUCACAGCCAAGCAGUGCAUCGAAACGUAGUCAGGUGGAUGACUCUUUCCAGGAGACACAGGCCCAGGGGAAUUUGAAGGAAACCCGACUUCAUAAUCUGGAUUUGGAUAUGGACCUUGAGUUUUCCAGAGACUUUCUCUUUUCCAGCACUGCUUUUACUGGGUCAACCGAUCAGAUUGCUCCACAAUGA